AUGCAAACACCGAUGAAGACAUUCGAACCCCUACACGUUCGUGGGGGACCGUCCUGCCCCCACGAGGCCCAACGCAUCGACCCCCUCCCUGGCGGUGGCGGACCUGCAACGCAUGGCAGGACGAAUCGCGCAUAUAACAAGGCGACGAAUCACCACGACAGCCGCGAUCCUCCAAGAAACCGCUCCCUACUGCAAAUGAAAGACGGUGGAUAUGCAUUGACCGAGGACGAGCGCUAUACCCCGACCACCACGAAAGGCAUAUCAGCCCGCUAUGCGCGGCUCAAAAUCCGGAGACACAUCCUCCUGUUCGAGCCAAUGAAUUUUACCAUACCUGCAUGCCAGGGCGCACACAACACGCGCCCGAGACGCUCUGUCUGGAUCCAGAUUGGCGGAAUAACCGCCCACUUGUGCUCUGCCACGUUUGCCAAGAACCAGCCUGCUUCAAGCAUAUCAUGUACGGAGCCAUCAUCGGGAGGGAACCAAAAAUCCACCAAAAGAACAGCGUAUCACACACGCUACAUGGCUCCGUCCUUGAACACAUGGGCAAUCCAUGGGGCUCGCGAAGAAAAUAUUCGCAUCAUUACUCUUCAGAUUACCAAGCCCUACACAACCUAUACAACAACGCUUACCUUGAUGCGCUCUGCUCCGCCAGUAGAAGCAUCAACGGAUUAUGCUCCAUCUUCGGCAUCUACUACAGGGAGCUCCGACUCCGACUCCGACGUGUGGGUGGUUGGAGUGGUGUUAAGCGUGUUGGCUUUGCUCUUUGCCAUCUCAUGCUGCAUCUGUAGAAGACCAGGCCCUCCAGGUCCCCAAGGUCCACGGGGCGAGCCAGGCACUCCGGGUCGCGAUGGUGCUCCAGGCCCUCCAGGUCGUGAUGGUGUUCCUGGUGCUCCCGGUGCGCCCGGUGCUCCAGGCCCUCCAGGUGAUCCAGGUGGUCCAGGUCCUCCAGGUCCUCCAGGUCGUGAUGGUCGCGAUGGUCGCGAUGGUCGCGAUGGUGCUCGUGGUGCUCCAGGCGCUCCCGGUGCUCCAGGCGCUCCAGGUCCUCAAGGUCUCCCAGGUCCUCAAGGUCUCCCAGGUCCUCAAGGUCUCCCAGGUCCUCAAGGUCUCACGGGUGCUCGAGGCCCCUUAGGUGCUCCAGGUCCCCCAGGUGCUUCAGGGCCCGCAGGAGCUCCAGGGCUUGCAGGUGCUCCAGGUCCCCCAGGUGCUCCAGGGCCCGCAGGUGCUCCAGGUCCUCAAGGCCGCCGCGGAAGUACCGGGCCAGAAGGCCGCGAUGGCCGACAGGGUGCUCCAGGUCAUGACGCUCGGGAUGGGCGCGACGGGCGCGACGGGCGUGAUGGGCGCGAUGGGCGUGGCCGACGUAAAGGUCGCAGUGACAACGAUGGGAGCGGAUGA